CAUACCCUAUACACAAUGUCGCAAUGUAAGAAGGUCCCUCUCAACGUCCGAUCCUUCGACGAGGACACCUACGGAUCUGGUGGCACUUACACCACCUCCAACGGUGUCAAUGUCACCCACCCUUACGAGUCGCAGCGAGUCGGCUCAAAGGGCCCUCUCUUGCUGGGUGACUUCCACCUGGUAGACCUCCUCUCUCACUUCGACCGAGAGCGUAUCCCAGAGCGUGUCGUACACGCCAAGGGAGGUGGAGCUCACGGUGUUUACCGUACCACCCACCCCAUCCCCCACCUCACCCGCGCUGGCAUCUUCUCCGAGAAGAAGGAGUGCCCCGUCACCGUUCGAUUCUCUACCGUCGGUGGUGAGAGUGGAUCACCCGACACCGCUCGUGACCCUCGUGGUUUCUCCAUCAAGUUCAGGACCGAGGAGGGCAACAUGGACUGGGUUUACAACAACACCCCCAUCUUCUUCCUGCGUGACGCAGCCAAGUUCCCCCACUUCAUCCACACUCAGAAGCGCCACCCCGCUACCCACGCCACCCACUCCGACGACUCGACUGCCUUCUGGGACUACGUCGGUCAGGACCCCGAGUCCAUCCACCAGAUGCUGUACAUGUUCGGUGACCGUGGACGCCCCAAGUCGUGGCGACACAUGCAGGGUUACUCUGGCCACACCUUCAAGUUCGCCACUGAGGACUCGUGGCACUACUGCCAGAUUCACGUCCUGUCCGACCAGGGUGUGCAGAACUACGAGGACGACGCUGAGGCCGACGCCGCAUCGCCCGAUGCCCACCAGCUCGACCUCUUCAACGCCAUUGAGAAGGGAGAGUUCCCCUCGUGGACUGUCUACUACCAGAUCAUGACUCCUCAGGAGUCUCUGGAGACAGACGUCAACGUCCUGGACUUGACCAAGACCUGGCCUCGUGACAAGUUCCCUCUCCACGAGCUGGGCAAGAUCGAGCUGAACCAGAACGUCGAGAACUACUUUGCCGAGAUUGAGCAGGUUGCCUUCAACCCUGCUCACCUCGUGCCCGGAUUCGAGCCCUCGGCCGACCCCGUGCUGCAGUCUCGUCUGUUCUCUUACCCCGACACUCACCGCCACCGUAUCGGUCCCAACUACCAGCAGUUGCCGGUCAACCAGCCAAGCAAGAAGGUCGGCAACAUCUACAACUUCCAGCGUGACGGCUCCAUGGCCUUCUACAACCAGGGUAGCCGCCCCAACUACCUGAGCUCGAUUGAGCCACCUCAGCUGGCCGCUAGGUCCAUCGACGUCGAGAAGAUUGCUCAGCACGAGGGCAAGGAGAGGCUCUACCUUUCCGGCAUCGUCGACGGUGACUUCGACCAGGCCAAGGCCCUCUACAGCCGAGUCAUGGACUCUGCUCAGCGCGAGCGUGUCAAGCAGCGUGUAGCAGGUCACAUGGCCACCUGCACUAACAAGCAGGUCUUGGCCAACGCCAUCAGCAUCUGGCACCAAGUCGAUGCUGAUCUGGCCAAGCACCUCGCAAAGGAGAAUGGUAUCCAGUCUUACGAGACUGAUCUCACCAAGAUGACCUUCCUUGGUUCGCACAACUGGACCGGUGGUAACAAGCCCAAGACCGAGGAUGAGAGGCAGGACGACAAUGCCGGAUCGGCCGUCACCGCCCUCGCCAACAAGGCAAAGGCUAAGGCUGCUGCCCUAUAGAUGCUC